CGGGGGUUCGAGGCUCACUGCCAGGCAGAGUAGAGGAUGCCAGUUGUCUGUGCCCUUUACACAUGGCUUCCAAGUUAUCGGAAGGAGCGGGACACCCCUUCUGGCGGGACAGGGAAUGGUGUGCCGGCAGACCGGUGAGGUAUACAUUUUGCUUGGUCGUACGUGUUGUCUUACUAAUUCUGUCACCCCUUCGAUAUUUUGCAAGCCGUUUGAACAGAGUUAUAACCUCCAGUAUUUAUCACCUGAACUAAUUUCGUCUCUUAAGUGGGUUCAGUUAUCAUGGGAGACCUGCUCGUCUGCUAGAAACGUGGGGUGAUCUCUGUCCCCUGGGGGACAAAUAACCACAGGUUGCAAACAUUUUCGUUCUGGGUUGGUGGCUCUGUGUGUAUAACCGGUGACUUCAUCUUAAUCGCGUCUUAGGGCCACAGCGUACCAUCUAUUGAAAAAUAAUAGUGCAAAUGCCAUUUAAUGAGGAGAGAGAAGGAAGGUCUUUUAGGAUGGAGUUUGCCCAGUGUCUCCUUUGGAAAAGAGGGCUUUUCUUCCGUGGUUGGGUUUUUUAAAGUGCCUUUGUCACACAUUUGUGAUCGAGUGGAUUCUGAGGCAAGCUGUGAGGCCUCUAGUGUGUCGGGCUCAGAGGAAGUACAUCUAGCCCUUGCCCCUUCUGGUGGUGCCUCUAGAUUAGCCAGCGUGUGCGACUGUCCUGGUUUAAAGGAGAGCCACCAAACCCGGGGGUGGCUGCUGGUCUUCUGCACUGUCUGUGAUCUGCUUAGGCGGCAGGGAGAUGCGUGGAUAGGAGAGAGAAAGGGAAAGCUUUAAGUUAAGAAGGUUCAUAGGUUUUUCAGGAAGUAGCCCAUGUCUUACAUUGAAACUGAACUUGCGGUUUCAUUUCUCUGUCUUGCUCCUAUAAAUAUCUACAGGUUUGAUAACCAAGAGACCCCGGUGACCUUGGUUCAGACACUCCCCUUCAGUUGACUUUGCUCUGUGAAGAUAAGGAGAUGGCCAAUAACUUGUCUCUAGCUAGACCGAGGGAGGUGUGGUUGGGGGCCUGAUUCACAGAUGAACGUGGAUAGACAUUGCUCCGCAGGAUGUUCCUGGCUCCUUCUCAGCACUAGGGCUGGAGAGAUCCCAACAGCAGGAUAUUAUGUUCUGCACAACAUGCCAGCUGUUCAUUCCUGGGAACACUUUUCCCUUCUCUGAAGUGGGAAGCUGCAUCCGGUGAUCAAAGCUUUCCUGUGUGGCUCCAUCAGUGGGACCUGCUCCACCCUCCUUUUCCAGCCCCUAGACCUCCUCAAAACUCGCCUGCAGACUCUCCAGCCCCCAGCCCAUGGAUCCAGGCGUGUUGGGAUGCUGGCUCUUCUCUUGAAGGUGGUUCGCACGGAGAGCAUUCUGGGCCUUUGGAAAGGGAUGUCUCCUUCCAUUGUGAGGUGUGUCCCCGGCAUUGGUAUCUACUUCGGCACCCUCUACUCCUUGAAGCAGUACUUUCUGCGAGGCCAUCCACCAACCGCCCUGGAGUCGGUCAUCCUGGGCGUGGGCUCUCGCUCAGUUGCAGGGGUCUGCAUGUCACCCAUCACUGUGAUCAAGACCCGUUACGAGCCCGGGACGGCCCUGCCAGCCACUGGUCCUGUGCCUCCCUUGCAGAGCGGGAGGUAUGGCUAUGGGAGCAUCUACGCAGCCCUGAAGAGCAUCUAUCGCAGCGAGGGGCACCGGGGACUCUUCAGCGGCCUGACAGCAACACUUCUGCGUGACGCACCCUUUUCUGGAAUCUACCUGAUGUUUUACAACCAGACCAAAAACAUCAUGACCCACGACCAGUUGGAUGCAGUCCUUAUUCCUGUUGUAAAUUUCAGCUGUGGGAUCUUUGCUGGUAUUCUGGCCUCCCUGGUAACUCAACCUGCGGAUGUCAUCAAAACUCAUAUGCAGCUCACCCCAAUGAAAUUUCGGUGGAUUGGCCAGGCGGUGACCCUCAUUUUCAAAGAUUAUGGGCUACGUGGCUUCUUCCAAGGUGGCGUCCCCCGGGCCCUCCGCAGAACUCUGAUGGCAGCAAUGGCAUGGACAGUCUACGAGGAGAUGAUGGCCAAGAUGGGCCUGAAGUCCUGACCGAGAGGGGCCUGGGGACAGAUGGGCUCUGUUGCCUUGCCCGGCUCUUGCCAAGGGCUGCUCCGUCUCACUGUCCCGGAGUUAGAGGAUGUCCCGUCUGGAAAGCCAGGCAGUUACGUCACCUUCCGUUACCC